CUAGAAACUAUUUUUCAUUAAGAAAUUAAAGUUUAUGCAUCAAACUGUAAUAUAGAGUAUAUAGGUGCUAAAACAUAAUUUCUGGUACUAAAUUACAAGUUUGGUAAUUUGAAUUACUAGUAAAGUUCAUGUUAGCCACUAGAAUUACUUUAUUUCAUCUGUAGUUAUUUAUAUUAACAGUUCAAGUUUGGAAAUUGACCGUUAGUUUUCGUUAACUUUUACUGAGGUAACAAUCAACUCUCAUAGUUAACUGUUAAAAUAGGUGACGUGAUAAUUAAAAAAUAUAAUUAAUAUUUUAGAAAUUUCACCUCAUUAUUCCAAUAAAUUAAAAAAAAAUAAAACAUAGUUACGAAUUGUAAAAAAAAUUAGUUAAUUGGCUUCAUUCUCUUCCGCUCCCCACUUUCCAAAUCAAAAUAUGAGUUUUCCACCUUCAUCCACCGCCGAUCACCACUGCCACCAACAAUAAGUUGCAGAGCGUCGGGGGGCUCAACAUCCACCACAAGCUCUGUUCCUUUGCCGGUGAUUUCGCAAUCGUCAACUUCUUUUCUUCCCUGCGAUUUCAAGCAAACGAAACGAGGAGAGACCAACCUCUUCCCCUGUAUCAUACAACACGUAUCUAAGUUCCAAUAACCCAUCAAUAGGUUUCCCAUCUGCACACUGCCGAUCGAAGUGGCUGUGCGCCGCGUUGGAGAAAAAAUUCGUCGUCUCCGACGGAUUCAAUUGCAUGAUAUUCCUCUGCCGCCAUCAACCAGGGAAGUGUUGGCCAAGUUUGGAUUCUCGUUGCCGCCCCAAAAAGUAAACACACCAUCCCGCAAAGCGAGCAACUAAAAUCCGAGAAGAAAUGACGACCGCUCUUAGCAUCUGGACUGUCCCGGCUAGCUGGACAGAAGCUCCUAGCACUCAGCCGCAAGCGUUUUUGUCGAUGAAGCAGCAGUUGUAUUGUAUGUGGUGAUGAUGAAGAAUGGGAGAGAAAGAUUCCGACCGGUGAUGGCGUCGGCCGGAUCAGAUGGAGUUUUCCGGUGGAUUCUUCGUUUACAUACUUUGUUCGGCUCCAUUUUUGUGAGAUCCAGCCACCGAUCAACGCCCGGGGAUAACAGAGCUUUCUGGAUCUACAUCGCAAAUCGAACCACCCCAAAUUAUAUGGAUGUGAUUCAAGAAGCCGACGGGAAUAUAAUGGAUUCCUCAUGUCCAAAGACUACUUGGUGAGAAUUGAAGCUGAGAAGGAGAAGAAGCAACCCGACCCUGCUUAUGCUCCUAAUUCACGGAUAACUUUGGCGGCCUGGUUAACUAGCGGAGAAGAAGAAGGACAGGAGAAAGAAGAAGAAUCUGCCGCAGCUUGCUGCUGCUCUGCUCCCGACCCUGAAUUCUGGCAGCCUGAUUCUGCGUCGACGCUUGCCCUGACUUGGUUGCUUUCGUGCUGUUCUAGUUAGGAUCGCUUGAGUAGGUCGAAAAGAAAGCGGUGAUCGCCGGCGACAGGGUAGACGACUGUGGGAUUGGGGGAAGAAAAUUUGCAUUUUCAUUUUGAUAAUUAUAAUUUUAUUUUUUAAUUAUUAUGAUAAAUAGGUAGAAUUUUUAAUAGAUUAAAUUUUGUUUUUAUUUUAUUCUUAAUUGCCACGUCACCUAUUUAACGGUUAAUUAUGAAAGUUGACUGUCACCUCAGCAAAAGUUAACGGAGAUUAACAAUCAGUCAGCCAAUGACCAAACUUGAAUUGUUAACCUAAUUUAAGUGACUACGAAUGAAAUAAAAUAAUUCUAGUGGCUAACGUGAACUUUAUUAGUAAUUUAAGUGACCAAACUUGCAAUUUAACCUAUACCUUUCCGACAAUUCAUUAAUCAUUCAUAACAAGUCCUGAAUAUUGAGUUAAUUGUUAAACUUAAUGGUGAACUUUAUAUUAUUAUAUAUGAUUCAACCUUUGAUAUUACUAUGACGUGCACAAGAAAAUCAGACUUGUUAUUGUAAGUCUGGCACAACUUUUUUUUAUCUUACAUUAUUGAAGAAGAAAACCAUCUUUACGAAACAUUAGCAUGCAUUAUGUUCGUAUAUGAUUAUCGAAUCACUUACACAAAUUGACCUCGUGCGUAACUCAUAUGCAUCUGCAACACAUCUGUCGCAUUAACACCAGCUAUGAAAUCCGAGUAAAUUUAAUAAUCUAUUUUAUCUAAACUUCUAAUAACUUGAAUUCAAGUCUAUCUUUUAUAAUGUUUAAAAGUUCUAUGGUUUUUAUAUUAUGAAUUAAAGUUUAGAGGCUUUUAAGUUCAGAACGAGACGAUUUGACUAAUUGAUAUAAAACGAGUCAAUUUGAAUUAUUUGUGUUCAUCUUAGAUAUUUGAAGUUUAACUUAAAACGGAUAAAUUCGAAAUUCUCAUACCAAAUGACUACAUCCAAAUUUUUUACUUACAAACAAAUUAAUUUAAUUCAAUUAUUUAAAAAUAAGACAAUUAAAUUAAA